CCGCCCCCAGUGACACAAUAGCAGCUCCCUCCAAGAUGGCGGCGGCGACGGUGGACCCGGGAGCUGGGAGCCCGCAGGCUGGAGAUUCCUCUGGUGGGGGCGCUGGGGGCGGGCUGCCGUCCCCCGGGGAGCAGGAGCUGAGCCGGCGCCUUCAGCGCCUGUACCCCGCGGUCAACCAGCAUGAGACGCCACUGCCGCGCUCUUGGAGCCCCAAGGACAAGUACAACUACAUCGGCCUCUCCCAGGGCAACCUCCGCGUCCACUACAAAGGUCAUGGUAAAAAUCACAAAGAUGCUGCCUCAGUGCGUGCCACUCACCCCAUACCUGCUGCCUGUGGCAUUUAUUACUUUGAGGUGAAGAUUGUCAGUAAAGGAAGAGAUGGGUACAUGGGAAUAGGACUCUCAGCUCAAGGCGUCAACAUGAACAGACUUCCUGGUUGGGAUAAACAUUCCUAUGGUUACCAUGGCGAUGAUGGGCACUCAUUCUGCUCCUCUGGUACUGGCCAGCCCUACGGUCCCACAUUCACCACAGGAGAUGUGAUUGGCUGCUGUGUCAACCUCAUCAACAGCACCUGCUUCUACACCAAGAAUGGCCACAGCCUUGGUAUAGCCUUCACAGACCUCCCGGCCAACCUCUACCCCACCGUAGGCCUGCAAACACCCGGGGAGAUUGUGGACGCCAACUUUGGGCAGCAGCCCUUCCUGUUUGACAUUGAGGACUACAUGCGGGAGUGGCGUGCCAAGGUCCAAGGCACUGUGCAUUGCUUCCCCAUCAGUGCUCGGCUUGGCGAGUGGCAGGCAGUGCUGCAGAGCAUGGUCUCAUCUUACCUGGUGCAUCAUGGGUAUUGUGCCACAGCCACGGCUUUUGCCCGAAUGACUGAAACCCCGAUUCAGGAAGAACAAGCAUCCAUAAAGAACAGACAAAAGAUCCAGAAGCUGGUGCUGGAGGGCCGUGUGGGUGAGGCCAUUGAGACCACACAACGCUUCUAUCCAGGACUGCUGGAGCAUAACCCUAACCUGCUCUUCAUGCUCAAGUGCCGACAAUUUGUGGAGAUGGUGAAUGGGACCGACAGUGAGGUCCGCAGCUUGAGCUCCCGAAGCCCCAAGUCCCAGGACAGCUACCCUGGCUCCCCCAGCCUCAGCCCCCGACACGGCCCUAGUAGUUCCCACACGCACAACACAGGAGCAGACAGUCCCAGCUGCAGCAAUGGCGUCGCAUCCACGAAAAGCAAACAGAACCACAGUAAAUACCCUGCACCCAGCUCCUCCUCCUCCUCCUCGUCCUCCUCGUCCUCCUCAUCCCCAUCCUCUGUCAAUUACUCCGAGUCCAACUCAACGGAUUCCACCAAGUCCCAGCCUCACAGCAGCACCAGUAACCAGGAGACCAGUGACAGUGAGAUGGAGAUGGAAGCAGAGCAUUACCCCAAUGGUGUGCUGGAGAGUGUAGCCACGCGCAUCGUCAACGGCGCCUACAAGCAUGAGGACCUACAGACAGAUGAGUCCAGCAUGGAUGAUGGGCAUCCUCGGCGGCAGCUCUGUGGGGGCAACCAGGCUGCCACAGAAAGGAUUAUCCUGUUUGGUCGCGAGUUGCAGGCACUGAGUGAGCAGCUGGGCCGGGAGUACGGCAAGAAUUUGGCCCACACAGAGAUGCUACAGGAUGCCUUUAGCCUGCUGGCAUACUCAGACCCCUGGAGCUGCCCAGUUGGCCAGCAGCUUGACCCCAUCCAGAGGGAGCCUGUGUGUGCUGCCCUCAACAGCGCCAUUUUAGAGUCUCAGAACCUGCCAAAGCAGCCCCCUCUGAUGCUCGCCCUGGGUCAGGCAUCUGAAUGUCUACGGCUCAUGGCCCGAGCGGGCCUGGGAUCUUGCUCCUUUGCCAGAGUCGACGACUACUUGCACUAGCUGACCACGCUGGCUGGCCCCACCUGGCCCUUCUCAGCCCCUCUCUAGCCAGAGCUAGAGCAGCCCUGCCCUCCAUAGGCAUCUGGCGCAGGGACCUAGAAGCCAUGGGCAGAGUCCAUUCCUCCUGCCUGGCCUUCCCCAUUCCCUUUCCUGUCUUCCUUUUCUUUCUUCCUUUUCCUUCCUUUUCCCU